GAGAUCAGUCGUUCAGUCUGGACCAGAGCUAUUUUAAUGCUUGUUGUUUUCAAUCUAACUUGUUGAUUAUAUUAAAAGGAAGAAGGCAUUGUAUUUCUUCAUUUAUAUAAGUGUGCAGAAAUAUCAAGAUGGCUGUGACAAAUUUUCACUACAUAACUCGCAUGAGCAGCGGAUUCAAAGUCUACAUCUUAGAAGGACAGCCUAACAUGAGGACUGAAGAUAGGUACAGACAUAUGACCAAUGAAAAGGCUAGAAUAUCAUCGGUUUAUCCAAUGAAACGUAAACACAGCCCUGACCGACUGAUGGUGACAGGCGACAGAUGUGGGAGGCCCAGACGGCUGCCUCUGGCAUUGACAGCUACCCCCUACAGGAGGCAGAGAGCAGCCCGGAGCCUGGCCUGCAGCAUCCAACGGUUAUCCAGCCUCAGUCCCACCCAAAGCCCAGACUCACCCACCACCCCCUCUUCUGCUGCCACCACCAGCAGCUGGAGCCCGAACCCCAGCCCUGACAGGCCUAUGAGUCCCACCCUCAGUCCCAUGUACUGCACUCCACCAAUGGACCAGCCAUUAGCACUUAUCAAAAAACCAAGGAGAGACCAAGAUGGACCAGAUGCAAAAGCCCAAAACACUGCCUGCAGCCCAAUACAGGUCAGACCCUCCGUCAUCACCCGCAUUUCGUCCAUGGCCAGUCCUUCACAGCUACCCUGUACCCACCCUGCCCCUAUGGUGUCGCCAGCGGCCUACGAUCAUGUGGUGGAGGAGCAUUUCAGACGAAGUCUGGGAGUAAAUUAUCACAAGGCCAGCUCCUGCCAGCUGUCUGUCAGUGUGUCCGUGGACGACCACUUCGCCAAAGCCCUGGGAGAGAAGUGGUUUCAGCUCAAGGCUUCAACAUCUCCUUGCUCCUCUUCUCCGUCCCCCACCGCCACCGUUCCUGGCUUCCGCCUCUCAUCCCAGAGCCCCGAUGACAUCACCACCAUUCCAGGGAGACCCUUCACUUCCUGGUCAGAUAAGGGACAGGCUAACACAAAAAAAUGACUACAUUUCCCAAGAUCUAUUUCAAUUGCAUUGUAAUUAUAUGAACAAUGAGAAACUAAGCGGCUACACACAGUGUAAGUGCUAACAGGAGCAGGACUCUGAGUAUUAUAAAGUGAUUUAGAGUCAAAUGGAGUAACACCAGCUGGAUUCAAAUAACCUGUAGGGUGAUUGUUUUGGCCACAGUGUGGCACAAGGAAAAAAAGAGUUUCUGUCAGAAGAUUGUCCAGCACCUCUUCACCUAUAUCACCUCCUCAGCCCAAAGCACCUCUUCACCCAAUAGUGCCUGUUCUGGUGAUCGACUGGCUGUGCACACUGUGAGUUGAGUGACUGUGCAGAUUGGCUGAGUGACUGUACAGAUUGGCUGAGUGACUGUACAGAUUGGCUGAGUGACUGUGCAGAUUGGCUGGUCGACUGUACAGAUUGGCUGAGUGACUGUGCAGAUUGGCUGAGUGACUGUACAGAUUGGCUGAGUGACUGUACAGUUAGGCUGAGUGACUGUGCAGAUUGGCUGAGUGACUGUACAGAUUGGCUGAGUGACUGUACAGAUUGGCUGAGUGACUGUACAGAUUGGCUGAGUGACUGUACAGAUUGGCGGGUCGACUGUGCAGAUUGGCUGGUCGACUGUACAGAUUGGCUGGUCGACUGUACAGAUUGGCUGAGUGACUGUGCAGAUUGGCUGAGUGACUGUACAGAUUGGCUGAGUGACUGUACAGAUUGGCUGAGUGACUGUACAGAUUAGCUGGUCGACUGUGCAGAUUGGCUGAGUGACUGUACAGAUUAGCUGGUCGACUGUGCAGAUUGGCUGAGUGACUGCACAGAUUAGCUGGUCGACUGUGCAGAGAGACUCUGCAGAUUGGCUAGGUGGCUGCAGAGGAAGCAAAACAUUAUCUGGUUUCACAUACUUGGCAGGACAUGGCAAUAAUGGGAGGCGCCUGCAGUUAUAAUCUGAAUUAAACUAAAAUGUACAUUUCAGAGUAAAGUAACUGAGGAUGACUAGACCACUCUAGGCUUAUAGCACCAAUACAGCAGUUUAAUAUGAUGCUUAACUGAAAAUAGAAUCAGUAAUCAGUCAAUCAAGCCGAAGCCAAUCUAUAGACAUUUAAAUGACUUGCACUGACAAUAAACCCACCAUAAUUCAACAGUGAUUCACUUGCAGAUACCAAGUAGAUACUAUAUUUAUCUUUAUAGACGCAUGACAGAUAUAGACAAAAUAUACUCGGUGAAGCUUAAUCUUACAAAUGGUUGAGAUAGUAUGAGGAUUAUUAAGAUAUCACUGUGAUUGUCACAUGUAGUUAUCAUAUUAAUGUGACGCACAUCACUUUGUUGAGACUUGGACUAGAACAUUCUGAAAUUCCCCACUUUCAUCUUGUCUGUUGCCAGGGUUACCUGCUUUUUAAGUUGGAUUAAUUCCACAAAAGUUGUGGUUCCUGUCUGUUCAUGAGAUGCAUGUUGUCAUGACAACACACAUUAUGUUCUGCUCUGCAUGGCUACUCACGAUGCUACUUGCAUCAUUAGCUGUCAAAAAAUAUUUGAAAAUAAAGGUGAUAAUAUGUAA